CAAUUCGUGUUACAACAUCGGCUCACUAAUGCGACUCUGUCAUUCACUGGCGCCACUACUUCUUCUCUUACCACCAAGUGGAACGACGAUUGUUCCCGUCGAGGACUCCUCUAUAGCCGUGGUCUCGUUGAGGACCAACCAUCGGCCAGGAACGGGGGAUCAUCAUGAAUCCGACCUAUUCGUGGUUACACGGUGGGGUCUGGCAGAGCCCAAUGGACCACCUCAGUCUGAUGGGUUGGUCAAUGCCACUUGGAUGGACACGCAAGAAACGACAGGAACUGGACGUCUACUCAUUGAUACUAGCUAUCAUCAAGGAGCAACGGAUCGGGAUUACUUCUAUGCCAUGGGCCUCGCUGAAGGGUAUCUCACUUCUCGACGGGUGAUACAGCAUAUGUACAAUUUGAUGUGGUCCAAGCCACGGAGGGAUCCCAGGGUUUACACUUUUUUGAAUUCGCAGUACAUAUUCAUGCGAGAGCAGGCCUCUGAGAAGCAAUCAGAUGAUCCCUUCUGGUUUAAUGUAUGGAUGCAGUUGGCUAGGUUGGAUGGCAUGAUGGAAGGUCUAGUGCUUCGACAGGAGCAUGCUAUACGAGACAAGGAACCUGGCUAUGAGUCAUGGGCCUAUAUGCCGGUUACUUUUUUAUCGCUCUAUGAGCUCAAUUCCAACUCGGAGAUAGGGGAGAUCGAGUCCGCUGUGACUACCACAGAGGUACCCGAGCAGGACCCGCUGAGGAUCUCGAGACACCCUAUGGCUGAGGAGACUAAAUGCAGUGCAUUAAUUAAACUAACGCACGACGAUCUUAUCGUAUCACACAACACGUGGACUACCUAUACGGAGAUGCUACGGGUCUACAAGUCAUUCUCCUUCCCUCACAUACAGCAUUCCUCUAUCAGAAGUCAACAGCUCUCUAUGAGCAGCUACCCGGGGUACAUCAGUUCAACGGACGACUGGGUUAUUGUAAUAGGACUGGCUAUAACAGAGACGACAACUGAGUCGAUGUCCGUGAAGCUCCUAGUAGAUAAAGUCCGACCAUUGAGUGUGACUACUGUCAUUCGGAGUGUUGUUGCUACCCUCAUGGCUACCGGUGGUCGAGAUUGGUACAGUACAUUCUCGCGUCACAAUAGUGGUACGUAUAAUAACCAAUGGAUGGUGGUGGAUUUCAAGCCAUUCCGUCGAUGGAACCACAAGGGUAGAGUGGGGCCGAUGGCAAGUGGUACCUUCUGGCUCAUCGAGCAAAUGCCUGGUCUUAUCGUGGCCAAGGACAUGACAGCUAAGCUCGAAAAUAAGGGGUAUUGGGCUAGUUACAAUAGGCCCUACUUCAAGGACAUACAGGAUGCUGGUGGUUACACGCGAGCGGCAGCAAAACAUGGCCAAUGGUACAAGUACAACGAUUGUCCUAGGGCUAGACUAUUCCGAGAAUGGCAAGGGAUGGUUAAUGAUACUGAUAGUAUGAUGAGGAUUAUGACCUCUAAUUACUGGAAGACCGACCCUCUCUCUGAGAACUGUCCCAAGAACGCUAUCGCUGGCAGGUAUGAUAUACCAUAUGAGCCUCGGAAUGAUAGUGACUACCAAGCAUGUGGUCCAGUGAAGGCAUAUGGAUGUAUUGACUGCAAGGUCACUAGUUCCUCUCUACUCUUAGAGGAUAGGGUCCUCAUGGUCAGCGCUCCUGCCUUUGGUCAAGGGACUGACCCCUUCCAAUGGAGCAAGUAUAUCGGAAAGCCUGUUGCCCACUGGGGCAUGCCAGACCGCUGGCAAUUUCCCUGGCUUGUGUAUUCGGGUAAUCAAGCCGCUGGGCUCGAGUAUAGCAUAGGGAAGACUGCUGCUAGCCCUGAAGAGGUAUUGGCGAGUGAUGACAAUCCUAUAGGAAUGUGAGAGAAGUUUUUUCAAGAUCUGAUAAUAUUACAAUUCUGGAAUAUGAACCGCAAGCUUUUGCUCGCUUCGAGCAUACACCGGUAUUCCGUCAGUGAGCUACCAUAAUGUGGUACGCGGCAUAACAGUAUUGAUAGAGGAAACGUUGAACUGUCUCGUAGACUACUGCUUGUAUAGCAGUCAAUUGAUUGGCUUCUCCUCAUUGUGACUAGUAGUAGUGUUGCCUCUCCGUGAUAUCCCUCCUGUGGAGCUCUA